UGCUUCUCGUUUUGACAGCAUUGAAAUCUUACGUAAAAUGUAAUCUUUUUUUUUUUUGGGAUGAGCUGGUAUCUUAAAACUUGUGGGAGCACCACCGGAGAAACUCUGCUAUAAUUGGCUACAUAAGCAGUUAGGGUAGCAGAGUAUAUACAGUGCUCUCUGUUAAGAACACACGACUCUCAUUCCCAAGAGCGUGCGUGAGCCUGCAGGUAAAAAAUUUAACUCUUCACCAACCCAGAAAUUUGCUGUUCCCAUAAAAGAGCAUAUUAUCAAGCAAACUCCAUGGCCUGUUCUAUUACAUACCAACCCGCGAAUAGUAUCCUCCUUGGGAAAUAGAAAUAAAAAUACUAUUCCCAAGUAACAGAGAGAGAGAGAGAGAGGAGGGAUUUGGCGUGUUGGAGUGGAACUGUUCUAGACGCACGAGCCACGAGCCAAAACCCAAAACCAAGUCUCCCAUCGAAAGGAACGUAAACCGGGUGGGGGACAAAUUGAAAGGAGAAAUGGAGAAGGAAAAGGAAAAGGAAAUCCCAAUAAACUCAUCCCACCUGUGACAUUACAUAAAGCCCUUUGCAGAAAACUCUUCAUCAUUUGGUACCUUGGUUUUUUGGUGGCUCAUGAAACGAGGCUGAGGUCCUUCCCUUUUCGGUUGAGGUCCUCCCCAUUUGCUUUUAGCCUCAUUGCAGUGCUCUUUUUGCCUUCCACGUUCCAUCCUUGAUUCAGAGAUACUAUAUUACAAGGUAAAAACGGACUCUUCUUUUUUGCAUUGUGGAGGUGGCAUUCAAGUACUGAAAGCUCUCCUUGGGGACACUUUUCAGAAGUUCAGAUUCAGUUACCGUCUACACUGCCAACUAUUUAAUUUCCCUGCGUUGGUCCUAUUAAUUUUACUGCUCUACACCCCAUCCCCGUAUCUCUCCUCUUUUAAGGCUUUGAACUCUCACCCUCCUCUCUUUGAGAAAAAUGAUGAGCAGCUCUCCAAAUUAUGUUUGUUGCCACAGAAAUAGACACCUAAUAAUUUCCCUGCUGUUGCUCUUGGUUUCAAGCUUGACCCAAGUUAGAUUCAUGGCUGAAGGAAGGCCUCUUUCCAGGCUACUACUUGAGGUUGCCCAGAAAGGGAUUGAAGAGGAGAAGGCAUUGGUGAUGAGAAGUCUAAUAGGGUCAAGGCCACCAAGGUGUGAGAGAAGGUGCAGUUCCUGCCCGCACUGUGAGGCAAUCCAAGUUCCUGUUACGACACAAUCCGAAAACCGCAGAACCCGCCAAUUCUCAGCUGCAAUAUUCUCAAUUGCAUACUCCAGAGGCGAUGACAUCUCCAACUACAAGCCCAUGAGUUGGAAGUGCAAGUGUGGGAACAUGAUUUUCAAUCCCUGAUUUCAGUAAAAAUAAACACUGUUCAGUGUAAAAGCACCUCCUUUCAACUGUGGAUAAAUUGACUUUCAAUUGUAUACCUUUGUCUCCUUCACUUUCCUCUUGCAUGGUGGAAAUAUGGGUUGCGCAAUGUAAAGCGUUUCUUUCUUUCUUACUUUCUGUAACAUUUUUUUUCCCUUUCUGCCAUAUAAAAUGUAUUCGCUUUUUCCUGCCAAGGUUAUACCCUUCUCCUAA